UGUUUGAAUUUGUAAGAACAACUAACACCAAAAUUUAUUUUUUAUAUUCUUUUUGGUUUAAAAUUGUCCCUACAUGACAUUAAAUAUUAGCAUCAAAUUUGAUAUUGAUAAACAUCAAAUUUAAAGUUAUACUAAUCAUUAACCCUAAAAUGCAAAUUUGCUUACUGCUCUUUUGUUCCUUACUUAAAAUUGUAAGUUCACUCCCAACUUAAGGACUACAUUCUAGCAAUAUUGGAAAUUUGAACUGAACUUGUAAUUUUGAAUAAAAUAUAUUGAUUAAAUGAUGUUGGUAACAUUGUAAUCGACUCCAGUCAAGAUCAAUAUCAAGAUCUUAGGAUCCUAACUAUGAUCAUAAGAUCUUAUCCAAUCCGACCUCACCUCUUUAUUUUGUAUUCUAUAGUCAAGUGUUAAACUUCUAAUUUCUACUUAAAAGUCUUACAUAUAGCCUAAUAAAUUUCCCAGUCUAGCUUGAAAUUAAGCAUCAAUAUGUCGUUUAUUCAACUUAAAAUUGAGCAUUCCGUAUCGCAGUAAUCCUUAUAGAGAAAUCACAACUUUAUACAUUCAUCUCGAAUCACGUAAAGCAUUGUAUCGGGCCGUCUGGUAUACACUACACGAACCGUCUCGUGGUCUACAUGGCCACGGAAAACGCCCAUGCACACUACCCCGACCAUUCGUGGUUGGGCGUGUUCGUGGUGAUUUGUGGUGGGCAGGACGAAGGACCACGACCUUCUUCUUUCUCAGAGCAGCCUUCUUCUUCUUCUUCUCUCUCUCUUCUUCGUGGUCGUGAAGGGUACACCAGCAAUAGUUCAUGGUUGGUGAUGGUCUCGUGGUUCCGUUGUUCGUGAUAUGUAUAGCGGACGGCCUCAUAUAUUUCUAUCUAUUUGUGGCAUUUAACUAUAUAUGUGUACAAUGAUCUUGUUUCUUUUUCCACUUAAGAUGUUUCCUUCCUAAUUCUUGCCCUUUUGCAUCUACAAAAGUUAUAAUUAAAAUAAGAAAUUAAAGUUGAUUUUAUCUAUGUUUUAAACAAUAUCAUAUUGUAACAAGUGACCGUACAAACAAGAUAUGUUGCAAAUAAGUUUAAAAACUAGUUCAUUUUUAUAGGAUCUGGUUUCUACGUUUUCGGGUAACAGAAGUUAAAAAAACAUAUCUUGAUGAUGAUCAAACAACAUAUCGCCCCUCUUUCUAUACUUUGAGUCUUUGAUAUGCCCUCAUUCAGUCCAUCUCCAAUCAGUCGUUUGCUAUUUCAAAGUUUUCAACCAUGAAUUCCACAGGCCGAAUGCUCCCACAAAUUCAACACACCAAUAAAACCACCUACACCUACAACACCAUGAUAAAAACUCAUCUCUCAAAUUCCAACACAAACCCACAAAUGGCGUUGGAGCUUUAUGUUAAAAUGAAAAGAAAUGGGAUCAAUUGUGAUAAUUAUACAUACCCAUUUGUCCUGAAGGCGUGUAAGAUGAUAUGCGGACUGUGGGAAGGCAGACAGGUUCAUGGUGAAGUCAUGAAAGCCGGGUUUUUUGAUUCCGAUGUGUUUGUGAGAAAUGGGCUGAUUGGAAUGUACUUCAAGUGUCAGCAGAUGAGUUGUUCCAGGAUUUUGUUUGAUGGGUUCCAUGGAAAAGAUUUGGUGUCAUGGAAUUUGAUGUUAGGCGGGUAUGCAGAGUGUCGGAAUAUGGUGGAAGCACAGAAGCUGUUCGAUGAAAUGCCUGAAAGAGAUGUUGUUUCUUGGUCCAUUAUGAUUGAUGGGUACGGCAAGAAAUUAGGCCUCGUAACUCACGCACGUAUGCUGUUCGACCAAAUGCAUGAACGAGACUCAGUUUCAUGGAACACCAUGAUUGAUUCAUACGCCAAAAUCGGCAACAUGGUAGCAGCUCGGGAACUAUUUAACCUAAUGGAUCACAAAACCCUAAUUUCUUGGACCAUUAUGAUCAAUGGCUAUUCACAACACCAAAAUCCCAAAGAAGCAUUAACCCUCUUUAAUCUAAUGCUUUCCCACAACGUAAAACCCGAUAAAUUUUGCGUCAUAGGUUCUAUAUCAGCAUGUGCCCAAUUGGGCGCACUCGAUUCAGGACGGUGGCUUCAUACAUACAUCAAAAAGACAAAAAUACCCCUUGACAUCGUGGUAAACACGGCCCUCAUCGACAUGUAUAUGAAAUGUGGUGGAAUUGAAGAGGCACGUGCGGUUUUCAAUAGUAUGUUGGAAAGAAACGUUAUUACUUAUAAUGUUAUGAUUUCCGGACUUGGAAUCAACAAUUCCGGUGCCGAAGCUUUGAGUUAUUUUUAUCAAAUGGAGCAAGACGGAAUGGAAUUGGACGAUUUGGUAUACGUGAGUGUUUUAUCAGCUUGUAGUCAUGCGGGAUUUGUGUCGGAAGGUGUUGAAAUCUUUAAAAGAAUACGAAAUCCGAAGGUGGAACACUAUGGAUGCUUAAUAGAUCUUCUUGUUCGAAAGGGCGAAUUUGGAAAAGCGUUAAAUUUUAUCGGAUCAAUGCCAAUGGAACCGAAUGUAGAUUUGUGGGGUUCGGUUCUUUUAGGGUGUAGGGUAUGGAAGAAUGUUAGAUUGGGUGAAUUUGUGGUGGAUCGGUUGAAAGAGAUUGGUGGGGAUGAUCGUGGGGUUUAUGUUCUUAUGUCGAAUAUUUAUGCGGAUAGUGGAAUGUGGGAUGGUGUGGCGGCGAUGAGGAGGAUUGUGGCGGUGAAAGGGGUGGUGGAGGGUGGAAAGAGUGUGAUUGAGGUGGUUGGUGGCGGUGUUGAGGAGUUUGUUUCCGGUAAAAUUGGUGGGGUUCGUGGGGCUGUUAUUGAAGAGGUUGUUUGUAGUUUAUCUAAGAUGGUGGAUUUGGAAUAGGAGAGUUAAAUAGAAGAAUGUAUUAAAGAGGUUAUCAAAACAUUUUUUAAUUUGAUAAUUAAUUUUUUAACACCCGUAAGUUUUGAUGUAAA